AUGAAUGAGUGGCAUAUCCGCUAUCAGCCCUUGAUCGACGGUGAUGACAGCGACAGAGAGGAGAUAUGUCUUCAACCACCAGCUUGGUAUCUGCCAGAAGACUGCGGUUCAAGCCUAUUUUGCUGUCUACGGCACUCACUAGCGAGUACUGUAGCUGAUUACGCCAGUGUCCUGACGAGCUACAUGCAGGAACUGGGCGAGCUGGAAGGGUUGUUCGACGACAACUACGUAAAAACACUCGAUGAUGAGUGCAAGGUCAUAUCUACGUAUACAUACACCGCUGCUGAUGCUUCGAGAACGGUUUGUAUUGCUCGACUUGGCUCCUAUUUUGCGUUGAAGAUGGAUGGCAUGCACGUUUAA